UAGAGUCUAUAAAGUUCAUGGUAGUACACGCUCCUGUACAGUUGGUGGCGGUAUACUACAACAAUAUUAAUCUGCCAAAGAAAACAAGGAGAAGAAGAAGUAGCUAGUUGACGAGUAGGACGCAAACCUGUAUCUGUGUUGCAGAUUCAGCAUUAGCUAAAGACGAGUUUCCCUAACUUGGUUUUGUUUGUCCUUGUUUUACAUUACAGCCUUCGAUUCGUCCGGUUAAAUAUGAAUAUGUUGUUUUUAAGGACCGUGUGCGCGCAGCUGGUGUCUCAGUGAGCCGCGGCGUCUAGUAGCCUAGCAUCCUUGUAGCUAACGUUAGCUUGCGCCCGUCAAAACCUGGUUUGAUUUUGAAGAUGAAUUUGGUGAAAAACAAAACGUUGCACCCACACUUGCGCGACGAGGAAGCUCUUGUUGUGGAAAACGCCAUCCGGCUGGCGAUAGACUCGAUAAUAAACGUGCUUUACGGUGUCAACAGUUCCAGGACUCACGAGUACCAGCGGUUGGUGGCUGAUAGGGACAAAGAGAUCCAGCGGCUGGAGGACAGGCUGACAGAGAUAGAGCACGAGCUGCAGGUGCUGCGCCUACAGGGCUGCACCUGCGGGCUGUUUGGAAAAGACAACAGCCUCGUUGGAUCCCAGCGCUCCGGUGAGCCACAGCUGGGACAGCAGAGCGGGUUCGAACCAUGCUGCGUUGACACUGAGAUGACAGCGGAGCAGCAGGAGUGUGAAAUGAGUAUCUCUUUUGGCAUUUUUGCGAGACCCCCCUCACAUGUGUCCUCCCAAAGCCACGAGUCAGCUCUCCCAUCAUCCCCCAGCAGAAUGGCAGUGGAAAGCAGCACCUCCCACUCCUUAGAGUCCUCAGGUGUAUCAGAGGCGGCCAGGGAUCUGCCUACAUCUCCCAGCAGCCUUGUCAUCAAAGAGGAGCCAUGUGAUAUCGACACAGUUUUAAUCAAGUGGGAAAUGAGUGAAGAGAGAAUCGGGGAGCAUCAGGAGAGUACAAGCAGUCCAUGUCAGGAAGAAGAGAGCUCCAGUGUAAAAAAAAAACUGGAGAACAGAGGGAGAAGGAUGUUUAAAGAGAAACCUCAUGCAGAUCCAGACGAACAAUGCGACCCUCACGAAGAAAACCCGAGGAACAAGAAGAAAGGCGUGCCGAUGUCAGAGCUGUCAGAUGAGGCUCAGAGACUAAAAAGGGCAGCCUGGAGAGCAGCUUCAAGGCGGUACUACGCCCGAAAAAUAGCCCGCCAACAGGCAAACCCCACACGCUCCGGCCCCUUCCCUUUCCCCUCACGCUCUGGCCCCUUCCCCCCACACUCUGACACUAGGUAUUCACAACCCGUCUCUUUUGUGGAUAAGAAAAGGACGCUGGUAUCAGAGUUACCUGAAGAGUCUCAGUCGUUGCAGAGCGAAGCGUGGAGAGCCGCGUCCAGGAGGUACUACGCUCAAAAAAGCACUGCACCUCAGACCGAGUCCGCACAGUAUGCACACCUGCUCCAGAACAUAGAGCCUGAGUCUGGAGAAACACUUGGACCCAACACCGGAGGCUCCAACACCAACAGCGGAGAAAUAAUGUGCAGCUGAUAGACAGUUAUGCUGCUGAUGAGUUUUCCUAUUCUGCAUAUUUAAAGGUUAAUUCCACUGCAUUGUGUUAUGUACCUUAGAACAUUGGACUAUGUGAAUGUUUACUAGUUUACCUGAUUUUUGCUGAUGAUGUUGAGACUGACCUCAGAUCUUCUCAAAUGUCUGAAUAGUUUGAACCUGUGUCCUCUGUGUGUCUUUGUAGUUUAAUUAUGCAACAAACAAUGAGAAUAACAACAAUCAUUACAUACUGUCGGUCCUAAUUUCUCAGGGUUUUAGUAUUUUUCUUCGAUUCAGCCUUUUUCAGUAUACCGCAUUGCAUGCCUGUAGAAAAUGCUAACUGCAAAUGAAGAUUAAAUACAUGGAUUCAGUGGCAAUAUGAAUAUAUUGUACAGUAGUAUUCAUGUGACAGCCACUGUAUCCAUACAGCACACCUGUAACUAGAAUCAAGGCAUCAUUAUUGGUCAAUUAUGAGCUCAACAUUUCAGUGUCAAUGACAGAUAAAGAAGUUGGUUUACAUUUUUACUGGGAUAACUUAAAAUGUAUUUU